AUGAGCAAAAAUUAAUUUAAUCCAGAAAUUAAUUAAUAAGAUUAACGAGGGCUUAUUUAUAUAGAAAUUCCUAAGUUAUUUUACACCGGAGGUGAUGAUAUAGAAGGAAUAUUGCAUAUAUCUUUAAUGAAAGAGUUUAAAGGUUCUUUCUUGGCUAUAAAUCUGUUAGGUAUUGAGGAGACUUCCUUUACUGAUGUAAGUAAUUAAAAAAGGAAAUAAGCUAGCAAGUAAUCAGUCAUAAGUCCAUUCACAGGGUCUAAUGUAUUCCUCAAUUUAACAAUACCUCUCUAUGAUUUUUCCAAUGGUGAUAAAACUAAAGAAUUUGUGUUAAAGCCAGGAAAUUGGUCUAUUCCUUUUAAACUGAAUACUACUUCAGAAUUACCUUCCUCUUUACACUUUAAGAACGAUGAAGAAAACUACUGCUUUAUCAGAUAUACAUUAAAUGCCUACAUUUUUCCAACUAACCAAUGCGAUUAACCAAUUUAGGGAUCUUAAGAAAUAUGUUUAAGGUAAUCUUCCUUAUUGACUGAUGAUGAGUUUCUUGAAAAUGAAUAUGAAAGAAGCCCUCGCUAGUGUUGUUUCAAAACUGGUAGCUAUACUCUGCAAGCAAAUAUUAAUGCUGUAAAUUUUAUAGGUGGAGAAACUAUAUAACUUGUUUUAUUAGGAGACUUUACUAAAUUCACUUCAAAGGUGGAUUACAUAGAUGUGUCCCUUGAUGGCCGUUUGUGUAUAAAAUCAAAAACUCCUCAAUAAAUAAAGAAAUAUUUUAAUUUAUACUCCAUUUAAUACGAAAUAAAAGUGGAAAACAAAAAAUGUUAACAAACUAUUAAUAUUAGCAUACCUAAGAAUUCUCCUUCAUCUAUAUUAAGUGAACUGAUAGAACUUUAAUUUAGUGUUAAUGCUAAGGCAAUUACAAGCACAUGCUUUGUUGAGCCAAGUGAUCCUCUAAAUUUUAACAUAUAAAUUAACAGUAAUGAAGAUUACAACGAUUCAUUUAAUAAUUAAUAAUAGCUCCCUUAAAAUUGGUAGCCAGAAGUCCUUUAAAGAUAGAUAUUUGAUAGCUAAUAAGCCAUCGACUUUUAGAAGAUUUCUAUUUAAUUCUUUUCAUAAGAUCAAAGUAAUAUUAAAAAUUAAAAAACUAUGGAAGAACCUAGAAUGAAUAAUCCCUUAGUUUGA